AAGGGGCGGGGCGGCACCUACCGGCCUGCGCGAGCGGAAGGAGAGCUCGUGGGGCCGGCUGCGCGCGGGGGGAGCAGGUCCUUGAGUACCUCAGACUCCCGUUUUCCCACGAUGACUGCCUGGGUGCCUUCAGAUGUACUGGGUCGAAGAAUCUUGUGUGGUACAGAAUUCGCAACUGUGCGGUAUGUUGGCAGCGUUCCUCCUACAGCAGGAAUUUGGCUUGGAGUGGAAUGGGAUGAUCCUCAGAGAGGGAAACAUAAUGGUACCCAUGAAGGAACACAGUAUUUCAAAUGCAGACAUCCUAGAGGAGGAUCCUUUAUCCGACCAAACAAGGCAAAUUUUGGAGUAGAUUUUCUAACUGCAGUGAAGGACCGAUAUGGAUUGAAUGAUGAGCAAGAUGUCCACCAUGGAAAGGAGAGUACAUUAGUAUUUGGAAAGAAGACUGUGGAAUUUGUUGGUAUGGAUUCUAUUAUAGAACAACAAAGCCAGCUAAACCAACUGGUAGAUAUCUCAGUGCGUGAAUGUGCUGUGAGCCAUGCUGGUCAGAAAGAGGAAAUCAGCAGAACGUGUGCUAAUAUCAGGCAUAUAAAUCUAUCAAAAAAUCUGAUUUCGUCUUGGGAGACAGUGACAGAUAUUGCUUCUCAGGUUCAAAAUCUGGAAACGCUUAAUAUCAGUGAAAACAAAAUGAAAUUUCCAUCGACAUCAAUUUCUGUAUCCAGUGUGUUUUUAAAAUUGAGGAUUCUGGCACUUAAUCAAACUGAAAUAACAUGGACAGAGGUGGUUCUUUGUGCUCCAGGAUGGCCAGCACUUGAAGAAUUGUACCUUACUUCUAAUAAUAUUACAGUUUUGGAAAGGCCUGAAAAUGUUUUGCAGACCCUGAAGCUGUUAGACCUUUCAGACAACCAAUUACUAGAUGGAAAUCAACUGCAUCUAAUAGCACAUCUUCCCAGAUUAGAACAGCUAAUACUUAGAAACACUGGAAUAUCUUCUAUACACUUUCCUGAUGUUGGAUUUGGAUUCAAGACUAAAAUGUUUCCUUCAUUAAAACGCCUUGCAAUAAAUGACAAUAAAAUAUCACAGUGGUCAUCUAUCAAUGAGCUUGAUAAACUGCCAAGUUUGCGCUCACUGCAGUGUCACAAUAACCCUUUGAUGGACACAGAGAAGAACCCAGAGACCUUGAGACAGCUAAUUAUCGCCAAGAUAGGUCAAUUGGGGGUUUUGAACAAGUCUGAGAUCCUUCCUGCUGAAAGGAAAGGAGCAGAGCUUGAUUAUCGCAAAAUAUUUGGAAAUGACUGGAUAGCAGCUGGUGGACAUUGGAACCCUGAGAGAAACAGACCAAGUGAAGAAUUUCUUGCUGCCCAUCCCAGAUAUCCAUCACUUUGCCUUAAAUAUGGUGCACCAGAAGAAGGAGAAUUGAAGAGACAGCAGCCUUUGACUCUGAAGAAUCAGCUUCUGACUUUGACAAUUAAGUGUCCUGACAAACCUGAGCAGAAGCCACUAGAGAAAAAGCUACCAGAUUCUAUGACUAUUCAGCGGGUCAAAGGAUUGCUGUAUCGCCUACUCAAAAUACCUGGUUCAGAACUGAAACUGUCCUAUGAAAGUUCUAAACUGGAAGGAAAAGAAGUUGAACUAGACAAUGACCUAAAGCCUUUGCAGUUUUACUCAAUAGAAAAUGGAGACUGUGUGUUAGUGCGGUGGUGAUAAGGGACCCUCUUGAUAGAUUGAAGGAAAAUCAAGCACUGGAACAGCAGAAGAGUUAUGGGCUACCUGCAGACAGCAUCUACAUCGGUGUUCAGGCACAAGUUGUGGAAGAACAUGGACUUCAUACAUGGCACCAGAGAACUACAUGACCAUAUUUCCAGCUCUUAAAAUUAGUAGUCAGUCUUCCUGAAAGCAUUUGCUUUUGGGUGAAGUCUCAUGUGAAAGGUACCAAACAGACAGUGCUUAUAUCCAUCAGUUAAAUAAACCCUUCUGCUGAUAUUUUAUGCUA